AAUGGUGAAUGCUGUUGUCGCCGAGCGAGAGAUUGAAACCAGCCGAUCACGGACCAUCAAGCAGCAGCAGUGUAGAGGUAGACAAAGUAGACUAAAAGAACUGAACAGCAGUAGUGCUGGACAGUAAAGAAGAAGAAACGCGAUUCAGGAGCCUCGGAAAAGGCAACCGGAUUAGUGGAAAACUCGAGCAUUUUCUUUCGGUGCGUUGUACUUCCGGGUGGGGUGAGAAAAAUUGUGACCGGUACUGAAGUUUGCGAGAUCCGCGGAAUCGACGGUCUUUUUUUUUUUUUUCUUUCGUGAACUACGGAGUCCGCGAAAUAUCGGCGGGCGAGCAUAAACGAAUGUGUGUUCGUGUAUUGUGUUAGUUGGUUAUUAGUGUGGGUUCAUAGAAAGAAGAAUAUCCCCUCGGAACAUACAAUACAGUAAAAGACGACCGCCGCCAGUGUGUGAUAGCAUAUCCGAGUCUGGGACAAGUGAACACAGAAGAUUCUAUAUGUUUUUGCUCGUUUCGUGAACUAAUGGAAAAGACAACAUUUUACGUGUGUGGCCACCACUAGAAAACGCGAAGGGGAGCGAAUUUCGGGCGAAACAAGUUUUCUUUCAUCCUCUUCCUAAAUCAGUGCUUCGUUUUUAGGCACAUACACACGAAAAGUGUGAAAAAGACACGAUCUGCGGAGCGAGAUCAAAGGAACGUACAUCAGGAAAUUUGUCUUGUCUGUGGUACACUGUUGAGCAAUUUCCCAUAUCCGCAGCAGCAUAGAGACGAAAAGCGGAGCCCAGUAGCCACGAAAAAAAAGUAAGCAACUGGAGAAGCAGUUUGGAUUAUUUUUUUGGCAUCUGUCAUUAGCAACAUUCAUUAGUCAAAAUGACGGAGGAAGCGUACCCGAAAACCCUAUAUGUGGGAAAUCUCGACCAAUCGGUGACGGAGGAUCUACUGUGCGCGUUGUUCGGUCAAAUGGGUUCAGUGAAAAGUUGUAAAAUAAUACGCGAAGCCAGCAGCGAUCCGUACGCAUUUAUUGAAUAUUCCAACCAUCAAUCAGCCCAGACUGCACUGGCUGCCAUGAAUAAGCGAUUGUUUCUCAAAAAAGAAAUCAAAGUGAAUUGGGCAACCAGUCCCGGCAAUCAACCGAAAACGGACACCAGCCAGCAUCAUCACAUUUUUGUCGGUGACUUGAGUCCAGAAAUCGAAACCGAAACCUUGCGAGAGGCUUUUGCUCCAUUCGGGGAAAUUUCGAACUGUCGGAUUGUCCGUGACCCACAAACUCUCAAGUCCAGGGGCUAUGCGUUCGUGUCGUUCGUAAAGAAAGCGGAAGCGGAGAAUGCGAUACAGAUGAUGAAUGGACAAUGGCUAGGAUCGCGAAGCAUUCGGACCAAUUGGUCUACCAGGAAACCACCGGCGCCUCGCGAAAACCUUAAAGGCAUUAAAAGCGGUAAGACUCCUGGUUUCGAGGAAAUAUACAAUAAUACCGGACCGACAAACACCACCGUAUACUGUGGCGGGUUUCCUCCAAAUGCUAUUACUGACAACCUUAUUCAUAAGCACUUCGGAUUAUUCGGGCAAAUCCAAGACAUUCGAGUAUUCAAAGACAAAGGCUACGCAUUCAUCAAGUUUAAUUCUAAGGAAUCCGCAGCAAGAGCCAUAGAAGGUACUCACAAUAGCGAAAUACAAGGAUUUCCAGUCAAAUGUUACUGGGGAAAGGAGAACGGUGGCGAAAUGGCAAGUAAUGGAAUUAAUGCCGCUGUGGCAGCUGCCGGUAUGGUAGGAAUCGGUAUUAACAGCAUAGCAGGCAGCCCAUUGCAACCUUCGAAUGCAGCAGCGGCCGCAGCAGCUGCAGCGGCAGCCGCCGCUGCCCAACAGCAUGGUGGAAAUCCACAAUUGACCCAAGCUGCUGCUGCGGGAGCCGCUCAGUAUCCUUACUCCGCGUACGGCCAAAUGGGCUAUUGGUAUCCGGGUUAUCCUCAAAUGCAAGCACAGUAUAUGCAACAAGGGUAUGCAUAUCCUUAUGCCUACGCGGCAGCCAGUCCACAGCAGGCAGGAACUGCUGGUAUGUUAGGUUAUCGCAUGAUGCAGCCAAACAUGGCUGCUGCUGGGUGGGGCAUGCAAACCGUUCCAGGUGUGGCCACGAAUGGGGCAGCAGCAGCAGCAGCCGCUGCUGCAGCUGCUGCUUCCUCCCAGCAACCAAUGAUGUAUGCGGCAAUGCCGCAAUAUCAGACGCAAUGAGAUAUGUUGAAAAACUGCCCCAACAACAGCAUUGUCAGUAAAGUAGUGGGAGCAACGUCGGCAACAGCAACUCCAACCAGCCAUCAACCGGCCGCUCAUUUCAAUUUGAUUACCAAUCCAGCAGCAGCCGCCGCCGCCGCCGCUGCCGCAAAUAUGAACAGCAGCCUCAUUUCCGCGCCAUCUCUAAUGACCAACACAAAUAACACGAUAAUCCUAGCAGCUCAUCAGCAACAUCCAGCAGCAAUGCACCAGCAUCAUCCCUUCGCGGCCCAUGCACACCACCUUAUAGCAGCAUCUGCCAAUCCGACGAUAACACCAAUGGCGGCUGCCAAGCUCUACCAUCAUCAUCCAAACGCCACGAUCGUGAAUUCGAUCCUUGCGCCACACUCUUCUAGCUCUACUGCUUCUUUAUGUAACCUCCAAGCUAGCAGUUGUCAGUUACCGGUGCGAACGAUCACUGCCGUUGUUGGUGCGAUGACUACUGUUGCCACUUUGGCAUCAACCGCGGCAACGACGGUGCUAACUCCUUCUUCCGCAACCGCCAACGGAAUUGUUGUUCCUCAAAGCAAUGGUAGUAGUAAAAGUAGUAAUAUCAAUAGUAACUGUAGCAGUAACAGUAUUGCAGCUGCUGUCGCUGCUAUUAUAAAUAGUAACCUUAAUUUUAAAAACAAUAGCAGCAACAGCGGUAUUACCAACAACAACGUGCAUAACGCCGGUAUCAAAGUUCCAACCAGUAGUGCUAGUAGCGGAAAUAGCUUCAGCACUGAACAAAAUAAUCUGAAACAUAAACUUAGCAAUGAAAAUGAAAACAGUAAUGAGCAGUUUCAGCAAAGAAAUGGUGGGGCUGACAGUACCAUUUUCAAAAAGAUGAUGCUGGAAAAUGGGAGCAGUGCUACUAUCAGUGGUGAUAGCAGUAGCAAUUGCCCUGAAGGAGUAUAUUUAGGAACAACGACAGAAAUGAUGACUGCAACAACUACGACUACCACGACAAACAACAAUCGCAACCAAGAAAGAUGAAAGACGUUCGGUUGAAAUUGUGGGGAAAAACGCGUAACGAAUUUUGAUACAGCAACAUAUUUUAAUGUCCGAUUAAUACGCGGUUAAUGUAGAGUUGCUCCUGUUUUUUUUAAAUAUUUUGUUUGAACUAUUUGUUGGUUAAUGCAUACCUACCACCAAUUAAUACUGCCUGUGUUCGUGUUUUUCCAUUGGACAAGUUUCUGUAAUUGGUUCUCAGUUUUAGAUAGCAAGAGUACCUAAUAACCUUUAAGAAACGAACACUAGAGUGAGGCCAAACCGCAACUUUUGUAAGUUUUUCGAAAACGUAUGGCAAUAAUUAAAAAAUGGAUGUUUAUUGUUUGUUCUAUUUCUUGCUGGUAAGCUGAAGCAACGCACGCAAACAAGCGUACACUAAUAUAUGCUAGGGCAGCUAAAGAGCAAGUGUAUUACAGUUUUAUAUGUGUCUCAUGGACUCAGAUAAAUGAAACUUCGAAAAAUAUGUAUAUACUUGUUUAAUUCACACUCGGAAACCAAACAACGCUUGCAUCAUAUCGGAAAAUUCAACGAAUGGAUAUAUUUAUAUUUUUGCCUACACGGUAACCGAAAAAUAUUUAAUAAUGACUAAAGUACGCAAUAAUGACUACAAAGUAUGUUUUUUCGAGGGAAUUGGAUUGAACUGUUACUCACAAAUUAAUAACUUUUACUCAUUUCUGUGGUAUCAAUUACUCAUUUAUGGGUAAAAUUUUACUCUUAAUGGGAAUUCUCAUUUUCCCUUAAAAAUGCUCUUUUUUAAAUCAUUAUUGAGUAUUUUGCGGUUACCGUGUAAGUCUGUGUGUUAAACGCCAUUGUUGUCAUUUUCAUGUAAUUUUAGCAACACAGAAUUUAUUUUGCCACACAUACAUACCUGAGCUAGAGUGUCCAACUACCCAACACUCAGGAAACUAAAAGCAUGAAUUCAUACGUGUUUUAAAUUCGAAGCAAGCGUCAACAGUUUAUUAAACAAGAAUUUGUGUGAAAUCAUUGCCUUGUCUUCGUAAUUUAUAGAGAAUGCAUGAUUCUCAUAAAAACCUAAUACAUCUCAAUCAACGCAACGCAAAUUAUCUAGUUUCUCAGAUGUUAUCAUUCUUACAUGCUUUUAACCAUUUUCCUCACUAUUAUUUACCGUUUGACUAAAGCGUUUUGAUAAACCACUAUAACAUUGGUCCAGUUCGAAGUGAUUAGCAACCAUCGAAACUUAAUUUGUGAGCACGGAGUUCACGGAUAAAAAUUAUUGUUGCGUUUUGGCUUCUUUGUUUUUAAGGCGUGCGACGACUUCGCGCAAACAUUUGGACUUCCGUCAAUCUAAAAAGAAAAGUAAACACAAACAUUCCUCACUUUUUCAACUCUAACUUCGCUUCACAUACCGCGCAGAGUUAUGAAGAAAUUGCAGAUAUCUACCUAUUCUUGUUCUUUUGCGUUGUCGCCUACAUCUACGUUAGGCGUUGAGAGAAUCAGUUAUGCCGGGCCCUGCCAUACGUUUUUUUUAUGAAAGAAGAUCCUCAAAUAUGUCCAAAUGGCAGUUAAUAUCUCCAACUCUAUAGUCCCUUCAAGCUCGAGUUAUGUAGAGUUAAUUAUAUUUUUCGUUUCAUAGCACUUUGCUGAUAAGAAAUGCUCGAGUUCAUUUUUGGGUUUGGGCCGUAAAACUUCUUACUAGGUACAAGUUUUGUUGUCAUAACUGAUGAUUGUAAAAUGAUAUUGAUUAUUUCAAAUAUUGUGCCAAACAGUGCAUUGGAGUCCAUGGCUUUACUUUUGUUUCACUUGAAGAUAAUAACACCCUUAUUCUGUAUUCCAUAAUAGGGGUAAGGUGAUACUGUGACUGUCUACUGAGGAUUGGCGAGUUAGUCCACUGUUUAUUUAUAUAUUCUAUUCGCCUAUACUUUAUUAUUUGUGGUCUGGAUCUUACUUAGGCAGAAUCAACAAUCAUCUUUAAAUGUGGAAAAUUUGUUUUGUCUUACCACAUGAUAACUUUUACCUUUACUAGUGCACUCAUUACGAUUCAAUUUAUCAAAAAAAGGGAAACGUCUCCAAACCUUACACACGAGAGCAAUUAUAUCCUAAAAUGAAUGGUUAAUAAAACGCAACAAGUUUUUCUUUACAUGCAAAGCAAGUUACUGUAACGAAGAAAAGAGGUUAGAAAUCGUGAUUUAUUUCUAUGUGAUUAAUAUGGUGUCAGAUGCUGCAGAGAUCACAAAAUGAGCAAACAUGCAGAAACAAAUGAUGACUGCUGCUACGAAGAGAUCUUCAUUGCGUCAAAAAGUCAGGAUUAAAGUUAAAUAAAAAAGCCAACUCUGGUAAUAGCAAGUAAGUUGAAUUUUGAUUGGUUCUAGUGUGCUUGUGUCUUAGUAUGAAUGUGAUUGUUUUCCAUAGAAUGGUCGUUUUAAAAGAAUGUACGGCAAGGUGCAUAAUGACAAGUUGAUCCAUUUUUAGGUUAUUUUUUCUUUUUCCCACGAGUGAGAAUGUGAGUAACUUGAAAGUAAUACAGCUAAUUAUUAAAUAUGUAAAAGUUAGUAAUAGUAAGCAUAUGUGCGUAUACGCUGUGGACGGUUUGUACGCUGAGCAAGCGAAACCUCUAUUGAUAGCAUAUGCAUAAAGAAGUAAUAUUAAAAACAAAAAAAGUUAAAUUUAGUAUGUUGAUUGGAAGAUUCCGUUUAAAGUGAAAAUUAAAAAGAAAUGAAAACUAUUAUAGGUGACGAAUAAUGGAACUCGAGUUAUGAAUCAUAUGUUUUGCUGUUUGAGCAGGCGACGCAUAACCUAUCAGCAGCAAUCGGAUCUUAUUUAAUGAAAUAACACAUUGAGGUAAAGAACUGCAGACAUACCAAUUUUCUAUUCAUUUUUUUUAGAGAAUAUAACAUGAAAUUAAUUUAUACAAUGAAAAUGAAAACAAAAAAUGAAGCGUGCGUUAGAUAAGGCUUAGAUGGAGGAUUAAAGAAAUAUUAAUCUUAGGUGUAAGUAAUGAUAAAAAUAGUUAUUGAUAACUUAAAUUUAAUGAUAAAUAAAAAAAAUAAUGAGAAUAGGUGUGAAAGAGGGAAGUGACAUAAAAGCAGAUAAACCAGAAACGGAUGCGUGAGAACAUUUAGAUGAGCAUUGAUUGCUAGAAAUCAGCGCGGCAUUAUUCUUUUAUUUUAAAAAGAACAAUAUAAAGAACUGCUGAUGAUGGGAAGUGAAUUACAAAAGACAAAACAAGAAAUGAUAAACAUCCUAAAGAUUACUGUAGCAUUAAGGGUAGUGCGAAAUCAAGAGAAGCGAACGAAACCAGUCAGCGUUUUCUAACGUGUUGAACGUAGGUAUAGGACAAGCAGGAAACAUCGAUUGGGCCAUCUAGUAGGAGAGCAGAAGGUUGGCUCAUGCACAUACAUACAAUGUUGAACGACACUGAAAAGGGUUGAAGUGGGAAAGAGUACUGUGUGAUAUAAACAAAACAAAAACAAGAAAAUCAAUUAUAGUUAUUUUAAAAAUCAUAAAAAAUCAAUAAAAAUGAGAAAAAACUACAA